UCCCUACCACACCCCCCCAACCGCCAGCUGCCGGUCACCCUCCGCCCCAGCCAACCUGUUCUCCAAAAACGCCCAUACCCCCCUCCCUCUCUUCACACUUUAAAAUCCAAAAACCUAAAACACUCUCUCUCUCUCUCUCUCUGCAGCUUGAAAUGAACAAUCUGAUGAGCUCGUGAGCAGCAAUCUAUGGAGAAGGAGGAGGAGCUGAAGAGGGAAAAUUCGAUGGCGAAUUCGGGGUUUUCAGACCAGAUUCCGACGAGCUUCGCUCUGUCGGGGAGCAUCUUUGACAUGCCAUGUGACGGAGAAAAGAGUUCCUUAGGCUUCAUUGACAUGUUGGGAAUCCAAGAUUACAGUCCCUCUUUAUUCGAUCUGCUCCAGCCAACGCCGGUAAUAAUGCCUCCGCAGCCGCUUCCAUCGCCGGCUUCCACCGUCCCCGAGUCCACGUCCGAAGUCUUGAACACUCCAGCGACCCCGAAUUCUUCCUCGAUCUCUUCGUCCUCGACCGAAGCCGUAAACGACGAUCAGACCAAAACGACUGCGGUGCAGGAAGAAGAAGAGCACGAUCAAGAUAAAACUAAAAAACAGUUGAAGCCCAAAAAGAAGAACCCGAAAAGGCAAAGAGAGCCGAGAUUUGCGUUCAUGACAAAGAGCGAGAUUGAUCACUUGGAUGAUGGGUAUAGAUGGAGGAAGUACGGCCAGAAAGCCGUGAAGAACAGCCCUUUUCCAAGAAGCUACUACCGUUGCACCACUGCCGAUUGUGGGGUGAAGAAGCGGGUGGAGAGAUCAAACGACGAUCCAUCGAUCGUCGUCACGACCUACGAAGGCACUCACAUCCAUCCAUGCCCGGUGACGCCUAGGGGAAGCAUCGGAAUCUUGCCGGAAGCAGCCGGUUUUGGCGGUGGCGGCGCUUCCUCUUUCGCCAUUCCACAGCCUCACUACCAGCAACAGCAACAGCCCUAUUUUCACAACCCGACUCCUUCUUUGAGCUUCGCCACCACCACUACUAACUCCCGAUACGCAAACUUUCUUCAAGAGAGAAGAUUUUGCCCCUCGCCGUCUUCUUUGCUCAGAGAUCACGGGCUUCUUCAGGACAUAGUGCCUUCAAUGGCGCAAAAGGAGCCCAAAGAGGAGUAGGAGGAAGCUGUACGUGGUGGUUUGUAAUUGAAUUGAUGGGAAUCUCUUUACUGACUGAUCUUGAGGUUGAGGGUUAUGAUCUUUAGAUGAGAACCCCACUUCUCUGAUUAUCCUUGUAAAAUGCAGGCCCUUUAGCUAUAUAUGGAAGACUAGCUAGUUUCCUAAUUUACUUGCCUUCUUUCUUCUGUUAUUCAUUGUACUUAGAGAUCUCUUUAUGACUAUGGGGGUUUUGGAUUUUGUGA